CGCUCCCUCCGCCGCUUUGGUACAGUGAGGCUACGAGCACGGGCGGUGUUUGUCAUGGCAACGCAACCACCAAGAUGUAAACAAACCGUUGCUAGGGACACUAACUCACCCUCCCUCCCUGACACUGUUAAAAGAAGUGCCUAGGAAACUACAAUUAGCACAGGAAACACAUGGAGGAAUGAUAGAAAACUACUGCAGUUAGAGGAAACACGUGGAGAAGUGAUGGGAGAAAGGCAAAUAAACACCACAUGAGUUUUAGAGAAAGGGAAAAAAGAAAGAAGAAACAGACACGUAAGAUUAAAAGUUAUAGUGAUUUUAGAAGACAUGCAAAAAUUAUCUUCCUGACCCGAGAUAUUCCUGACCUGACCUAUGGAGAUUUGAAAUGGAACAAAUGGUGCAUGCAUGCUGUAUACAAGAGACAGAAAUGGAGGCGGAGAAUAAGUUAUGGCUAGAACAGUAAGGAAGCGGUGGGAUAUACUGCCAUGGCCCCGAGUCUGGAUGGGCCUGUCACUCCCUCCUCCCCGGGCCGCCUUGCCACCCCCAGCACAGACAGGGGUGAGGGGCGGCAGCGUUGGCGGCUCCUCCUCGUGUCGUCCAAGGCUAGGCACUUAGAGGCAGUGACACAAGCUGCUCUGCCAUCUGUCAUUCUCGUCACUUUCAAGUAUGACUCUUCUACCUUGGACCAUAUACUGGGGGAGGUUGGGCGAGGGCUGGCGGGACGCAAGGUGGAGUCGAUGGCCAUGCUGCUCCAUGGGUCAGAGUUGCAGCUUCACCUGUGUGGGCCUGGUGAGAAGGUUGUCAGUACGCACUCAGUCUCCCAGCAGGCGUCAGUGAGGGAGUUCUUCAGUAGCCUGGUCAACACACACCUGGACCGCUCUUUGCUGCAUCCACGCCUUGACUUCCUGGCAGCCCACCCGCCACACCCACAGCAUGCCCAGGCCAUCAGUGCUGCCCUCACUGAGCUGCUGCAGAUCCCUGUGCAGCUGAUCAAGGACCUGCAGGGGGCGGAGGUUGAGGUGGAGCGUUGGGGCCCAGAGUCCACCACUAAGGUACCUCUGGGCCAGCUGUACUUCAACCCACAGAAGCUGAAGGAGGCACUGAAGACAGCCGGCAGUGGGGCCAACCAGCGUGUCAAGGAUUUGGACCGUGAAUAUGAGAAGAUUAGGGUCAUUGGCAAAGGUUCAUUUGGUAGUGCUGUGCUGUACCGACGGCUGAAGGACGAGGCGCUGGUGGUGAUCAAGGAAAUAAACAUGUUGGACCUCUCGGCCUCGGAGCGUCAGAUGUCCCUCAAUGAGAUCAACGUACUGGCGCUGCUUGACCAUCCCAAUAUUGUCAGUUACAUGGACAGCUUUGAGAGGGACACCAUUCUAUGCAUUGAGAUGGAGUACGCUGACGGAGGGAGUCUGGCACAGUACCUGACGCAGAGGGUGAAGCGCAUUGACGAGAGGGAGGUGCUGGCCAUCUUCCACCAGAUAACUGCUGCUAUCGCCCACAUGCACCACCACCACAUACUCCACCGUGACCUCAAGACAGCCAAUAUCUUCCUGACCAAGGAGGGGCAGGUCAAGGUGGGUGACUUUGGCAUCAGCAAGAUGAUGAGCACCCAGUCCGUGCACGCCCACACUGUCCUUGGCACCCCAUACUACAUCAGCCCCGAGAUGUGUGAGGGGAAGGAGUACGAUGAGAAGAGUGACAUCUGGGCACUGGGCUGCAUCCUGUAUGAGAUGGCCUGCCUGCAGAAGAUUGAAGGAUCCAACCUGCCUGCCCUCGUCAACAAAAUCAUGAAGGGUCAAUUUGCUCCAAUCCGCGGCAACUAUUCCCCAGGCUUCAAGCAGCUGGUGCGGGAUCUGCUGCAGCGUGACCCGGAGUUCAGACCCACAGCAGAAGAGGUGCUGAACGAGCGUCUGCCGGAGCUGCUGGCCCAGGUGUGCUGUGAGGGCAUGGACGCUGAGGAGGUGAGCGAGCAGCUGCGGCACUCCAUCGAGGUGGCCCGCCAGACCCAGGUGUCCAGGUCCUCCCGGCCACCGCGCUCUGUUGUGUACCACCUCAAAGUGUACGACUCCUCCAUCAGCAUCAACCCCGUCCCGCUGCCGGCCAGGACCAGGGUCAAGGAGGUCGCCGUCUCAAACACACAUGUGGUUUUGUUGACCUCAGAGUGCCUAGUGUACACCUGGGGUGAGGGGAAGAAGGGCCAGCUGGGACAUGAGGCCCUGGAGGUGUGGCGGGGGCGGCCAGGGGUGGUGGAGGCAUUGCGGGGGAAGGCCAUCACCAGGGUAUGUGCGGGAGACGGGGUAUGUGCGGGAGACGGGUUCUCAGUGUUUGCCUCUGAUAAUGGGAUUGUGAUGACGUGUGGUGAUGGGACCUUUGGCUGUCUGGGGCACAACGACUGGAACAGCUCCACCAAACCGAAGCUCAUUGAGCGGUUGUUGGCGGUGGACGUGUGUGGCAUCAGCUGUGGGUCGCAUCAUGUGGUGGUGGUGGCGGCAGAUGGGGUGGUGUUUGCCUGGGGGAGGGGUGAGGGAGGCAGGCUGGGCACCGGAGCAGAGGAUGAUGCGUGUCACCCUACAGAGAUCGAGCUGCCCCUAGAGGUAGUGGUGACCAGCGUGCGGUGCGGUGGUGAUGGCACGCUGCUGGUGACAGAUCAGGGCGGCCUCUUAGCUUGCGGCAACAACACGUACAACAAACUCGGACUCAACCAGGCUCCGGGACUCUUCUCUAUCAAUUUCAAGAAGGAUGUCCCAAAGGCACUGGUGGCCACAAGAGUGAGGAGCAUUGGGUGUCGUGUGGUGGACGUGGCAAUGGGGCCGUCCCACACUGCUGUACUGACUGAGAUGGGACAGGUACUAACAUUUGGCCGUAACUACGAGGGGCAGCUGGGUCGAGGAAACACCAGGUCCACUUCACGACCUGUCCUGGUGCGGGGAAUGGCAAAUAAAGUUGUUACUAUGAUCCAGUGCGGCUCGACCUACACCGUGGCUGGCACCAUGGAGAAUGCACUCUUCCUGUGGGGCACCCGAGCCGUCAGCCCCCUCACUAGACCCAACACUCAGGAGGGUUUCACCAACACCUGGGGCCAGCGCAGUGUAUUGGGCUCAGCCGUGGGCAGCACCGCCAGCACCGCCAGCACCCCCACUAGCACCGGCAGCAGCAGCAGCAGUGGUGACGGUGGUGCUGGUGGCAAGGAGGGAGAAGAUGGGAAAGAGAAGACUGGUAGUGCUGGUGGUGGCAGCAGCAGUGAGGCCGAAGUGUCACAGCGGCGGCAGCAGCGAAACAUUGACAUGAGGGAUGUGUUACUGCAGCCUCAGGAAAUUCUAGCGUUGUACGCCUCCCACGCUCAGAUCAGCAAGGGGGAGACACUGAGCCUGUCCAGCAUCCACUGUCAGAACCAGAGCAUCUUCCUGGUGGUGGACACAACAGUUCCCCUUCCUAGAGCUGGCAUUUCCCUCCUGUCUGACAUGGAAGGAGUGAAGAAGGACAAGGCAGAACAGAAGGAGACAAAGGAGGAAGCAGGGAAGAAGAAGGAAGAAGAGGAGGAUGAUGAUGAUGACAAUGACGAUGAUGAUGAUGAUGAUGAUGACGAUGACGACGAUGGUGAUAUGAAUGACAGCAUGGGUCCUGUCCCAGACUGGCUGAAGGCAGAGCUGGCUGAGGCAGAGCAGAUGGAAACCAGCAACAAGAAGAAGAAGGGGAAGACUGGCAAAGCAGCAUCCCGGCCCCAUCGCCCCAACCAACCCCCCACCAAACACCCCCACACUAAAGGUACAAGACUCCCCAUCCUGCACCUCCACCCCUCCACCACUACCUCCACUCACCACCACAGGGGAAGGGCAGUGAGCAGGCUGUAUCGUGGAGGAAAGAGGAAGAAAGGAGGAGGAGGAGCAGAAGAAGGGGGAGAGGAGCCCCCCUUCCACUCUCCCUUUGUCCCUUCCCCGGCCGGCACGAGGGGGGAAGAGGGGAGGGAAGCAGACCAGGCCGAGGAAGAGGACUAAUGAAGAGGAGAAGAUGGCUAAGGAGAAAGAGGAGGCACUGAACCAGGAGAUAGAGAAGCUGCGUUCCGAGCUCCACCGGCAGCAGCAGCAGCAGAAGACCAUCAUUGACCAAAGACUGCGGGAGAUGAAGGAGGGAGAGCAGCAGAAGGAGAAGGAGU